AUGGCAUCUCAACAAUGGAAUGAUUGGUCUUGGGAUGGCAUUGAUGAGGGUCUAUCCACUGAUUCGGCUGUUUUGACAAACCAACAAAAUGAACCGCAAGGAAGUGGAUUUGGUGGUUUGAAUAUUCGUGGCCGUCGCUUUGAGGAAUCGGCUUCAAAAAUGGCAGGUUUUGUUGGUUCAGUGAUUCCAGCAAAUUUAAAAACAUCUUUGGCAAGUGCUGUGGAGUCGUCGUCUCGUCUCUUUCAACAGCCGAGCAGCUCGAGUGGUUCACGCGAAUCAAAGUCUUCUCAGUUCAACGAAUUCAUGGAAGUUGCUCGGUGUGAUGCUGAAGAUUCCCACAGAAGCGAGUCACUAGAAAGUGAUGUUCGACACGGCAUGAGAGGACAACAGGCUGCUGAUCAGAUGGAUCCUCGAAUUCCAUCAAUCAUUCCAAAUCCGCCACACACAAGUCCAACAUCAAGUUUCGUGGGUCAGUCCGCAAUGGACUUCUUCAAUGAAGCUCUUCCCGUCGUAACGAAAGGUCCAAAGAAAAAGCUUGAGUUGCCACCACGGAAAUCGAGUCCAAAUAAUGCCAUUCGUGAUUCAGCGCGAACGCCAACGGAAGCAAGGACAGACAGUGCUGUCCAAGCAAGCAGUGCUGAACAACCAAGCAGUGCUGAACAACCAAGCAGUGCUGAACAACCAAGCAGUGCUGAACAACCAAGCAGUGCUGAGCAGCCAAGCAGUGCUGCCCAACCAAGCAGUGCUGCCCAACCAAGCAGUGCUGAACAACCAAGCAGUGCUGAACAACCAAGCAGUGCUGAACAACCAAGCAGUGCUGAACAACCAAGCAGUGCUGUCCCAAUGAGUUCUGAAUCAAUCGGCCGAAAAUCAGAAGAACAAUGGGAUGAACGAAGUUUACCGGAAGGGAGAAAGAUUGAUGUUCUGGACGAUCUUGAAAUAUCAAAAAAUGAGGAAUGGAAUGAUGAUGAAUUGUUGUUGGGAUUGGAGGAAGACAUAAAGAGUGUGGAUGGACAUGUCGGGAAAGAUGAAGGAGGAGUGGGAAAAGAUGAAAUAGAUAUUGAGAGCGAUGACAAAGAUAUUGCGAGCGAUGACAAAGAUAUUGCGAGCGAUGACAAAUGGAAGGGCGAAGAAGGAAGUCCAUCGUCAGAGGAAGCUAACAUCGAAGUUCCAAUGAAAAACGUGUUGCCAGGCGGACAAACGCCAAGUUCGUACGCGCGUUCCCCUGCGGUGUCAAGGCGUGAUCCGGAUACGGCACCUCAGGCUCUUGAUGUGAUGAGUGAUGUAAGUGAGAAGGAAUUGAAACCGCUAGAAGAAGAAGAAUUGGAACGUAUGGAAGACGGAAAAGAGAUGGAGUUAAAUGGGAGUGAAGAGAUGAUUAGGGAAUUAGAUCUAAUUGGGGUUUCUGGGGAGGAUGAAGUUCUGCAGGAAGAACUUUUGGAAGAUGUAGCGGGGUUUGAGAAAGACGCGAAGAACGACUCGAAAGACGCAAGGAAUGACUCGUAUUGUCUGAAUGAAAAAGGUGUUCUUGUGCCGUUUGAGUCCCAAUCCAUUGUGGAGCACUCUGUGGUGGAAGAGUUGAUGACAUCAGAGAGUAUCAAUAAACUGAUAGAUGAAGUGGAAAUCAUUGAAGAGUCAGAAAGGAUAAAAACUCGAGUGUCGAUGGAAUCUGCAUCAAUGAAAGAAACGCAUGAUGAAAAUAAGGAAGACGAAAAGAUAAGAGAUGCCACGAGAACAGAUACGCCUUGCUCUCUUGAUUCUCUUAAUGGAGUGUCCCAAUUUACGGAAGAUAUUUCCAGAAAAACGAGCGAUAAAAUGAGAAAGGGAGAGAAGACAGAAGACGAAACGGAGAUUGAAGUCCCAAUUCGAGUUUCAUCUAAAAUGACAGAAAAUGAAGACGAAACGGAGAUGGAAGUCCCAAUUCGAGUUUCAUCCAAAAUAGGACGCGUCGUGGAACAUUCAAUCAUUGCAGACAACAAUGUGGUCGUCGAAGUCGGAAAUCAAGACGGAACUCGUUUUGUGUCCCAAAUGGUCUCUUACUUUUCAAGAGGCGAAUCCUCUUCCCCUUCAUCUCUUGAACCAAAAUUUUCCGUUCCUGAUAAGCCCACUGAAUUGUUGACGGAAGAGUUCAAAUCUUGCUGGAAUGGCUUUAAGAGCUCUCUGCAUCAAUUUGAUGUCGGCGAUGAGCAAGUUGAUAACAGCAUCAUCUUCUCAAUUGUUGGACAACCAAGAAGCUCACAACACCGUACGCCGUUUAAUUGUCGCUGCCUGUCGUUGAUUGUCAUAGCAACGCAAGAACAAACGAUUGAUGAGCUUCGUCGGGAUCUCGAAGGACUUCGCAAUCACAUGUCUGCUGUUACUGACAGAGCAGCGCAAACAUUCGAAAGGGUAUGA